GUUCGAGGAUAAGGAUAAGACUUCUUCUCGUGAUAAAACAGAGUUAGUGGGGUGAGGCGGCCGCGGAGGAAUAUGCCGAUGCGCAUACAAGGUCUUACUUCAUUUGAUUCUAGGAGGCGUGUCAGAAGCGUAUUAGAAAUCCUAUAAAUAGGCGACUUUGUAGCUUCCUGAGUAAGCAUUUCAAUUGCAAUACCAAAAUGGCAAAGUUUAGGGUUUUGGUUUGUUUAAUAGUCGCUUUGGUUGUAGUGAGCACACCUGCAUUUGCUGAGAACUGCGGGUCGCAAGUAGGCGGAGCCGUGUGCCCAAGCGGUCUGUGCUGCAGCCAGUAUGGAUGGUGUGGUGACACUCCUGCACAUUGCCAAGUGCCUGGUUGCCAAAGCCAGUGUGGAGGAGGAUCCGGACCAUCCCCUUCUGGUCAAGGUGUGGCUUCCAUUAUUACUGAAAAUGUCUUCAAUGAAAUGUUCAAGCACAGAAACGAUGCGGGUUGCACGGGGAACAACUUCUUCAAUUACAAUGCCUUCAUUGCAGCAGCCAAUGCCUUCAACGGCUUUGGAACCACCGGCGAUGUCACCGUUCAGAAAAGAGAGCUCGCUGCUUUCUUCGCCCAAACAUCCCAUGAAACCACUGGUGGGUGGGCAACUGCCCCAGAUGGUCCAUACGCUUGGGGGUACUGCUUCCUCACAGAGAGAGCUGGCGGAACAUACUGUGGCAAUCAGGCUCCCUGCAAUCCUAACAAGCAAUAUUAUGGCAGGGGGCCAAUUCAGCUAACAUGGAACUAUAAUUAUAUAGCGGCUGGGAGCGCAAUAGGAUUCGACGGACUGAACGACCCAGAUAUUGUUGCUCGAGACUCCACGAUCUCGUUUAAGACGGCGAUCUGGUUCUGGAUGACUGCGCAGUCUCCCAAACCGUCGUGCCAUGAGGUCAUUACGGGCAGCUGGACGCCGUCGGGAAGCGAUAACGCGGCGGGUAGAGUUGCCGGAUAUGGAAUGCUGACCAAUAUAAUAAACGGAGGGCUGGAAUGUGGAAUAGGCUUCGAUACCAGGGUGGAGGAUCGAAUAGGGUUCUACAAGAGGUAUUGUGAUAUAUUGGGGGUAAACUAUGGGCCUAAUCUGGACUGCUAUAACCAGAGGCCUUACACCGUGGCCCUACCCACACAAGAACAAUCCCCAAUUAUCCAAACGGUCGUGUGAAAGCCCUUUUUGUAUCUACUUUAUAAUCUGUGUGUGAAUCUUUGGCAUUUGGGAUCCAAACCUCAGAGCCAAAGAAAGAAUAGGUGUAAUAAAAUGCCAACAGUAUAAUAAUCGCUCUAUUUCUCUGUGGAUCUUCGAACUGUAAGCACUCAGGAACCGUGUCUUGUUUCUGGUUUUUGGAAUGGAAGAUGGGUUUUGCUUUUACAAAGCCUGAUUUUCGGCUGCUUUA